UAGCUGAAAAGAUAAAAUGAUUUAAAUAACAUCUUAGAUAAUAAUUAAAUUAAAAACGAAGAGAUUCAGUUUGCUUUUAAUAUUUCCAAACUCUCACCCAUCAUCUGAGGACGAUAAUGAGGAUGUUUAUUAUUUGAGCGUUUAUCCAAGUUUCUUACAUUUGGGUUUUAUAGUCGCUGUAGCUGAGGAAAUAUUUUAUAGGAACACCAGACAGAAAUGCUGUACAGUGGUCCAAAUUGUAAACGCUAGUUUUGAUUACUGUCUCAGUUAAACACACUGGGAUCUUGGUUAAACUAGAGGUGCUAAUGAUAAUUAUUUAUCUUCUCUUAUUAUCACGUUGCACCCUUGCUAUAUUAUUUCAUUUUACCAUGUUUGUUGUUGUUAAAUUUUGGGAUUUUAAUUUGAAAGAAUAAGAUCUGUUUCCGGUCAGAUCGUGUUCAAGCAUUGCCGCUUCAUGGCACCAAACAGAACCUUGAACGGACACUGGUACCGCCCUCUCAAUUAUUCUAGUAAACCCAUUGGCUCUUCACUUCCUUAGUGUUAACAAUGCGAGUUGCUGAUUGGUUUUCACCGCACGUCAAUCAUCGCCAGGCUGUGGGCCAGGACUGUGGGGCAAAGCAGGCUAAAGAUGAACCGAGUCAGCUCCAAGCCGUUGUUCUUCCUCGGACUUCCUGAUCUGAACCAGUUGGUCUGCAUCACGCUGAGCCUGCAGGAGCAUGAAGACCAGGAGCCCAGGACCAAUCAGGUGAAGGCCUGCAGAGAGCUGCUGCUGCUGAACGCUGACAUUCUGGCCUGUCCUUCUGUGGACUCCAUCACUGACAUCACAGCUGUAAUGGCUGUCCAGUUUUUUCAGCGCGGCUUCCUGCAGGCCUUUGCUGUCAGAAACCGUCUGCAGCUGGGAUGUCCUCAGAGAGUCUUUCCAGGGGAUCUCCAGUGCUGUCUUUCCUACUCUCUGAUCAGCCGGCUGGCUCCCAGGUGGAAUAAAGCAGGACUCUACCUCAUCUCAGGAGACGACUUCCUGACUGAGAGAGGCCGACUGAGUGCAGUCAGCAUGGAGCUGAGCACCAGCGAGGGCCGACUGUGCAUCAGCAUCGAAGCAAAUGCCGUGCGCCUGCCUCCACCCACACUGGAAGACUUUGAGCUGCCAGCGCUGGUAAUCAGGAGGUUCUGCAGCGACUCUGACUCCAUCCUCCACCCUUCCUCUACUGGUGGGCCCAUCUGGUGUCACGUCCUGCCCAGCAUGAAAAAGGGUCAGAUCAUCACCAUCAGCCGCCAGCUUCCCACAGACGGACCCUUCAGAACUUACAGAGACCUACAGAACCACUGGAACCGCCUGUAUGGUUACAGGCUUCCUGAUCUGGGACAGGAGGAGGUGGUGUACUGCAGCGUCUACUUCAGACCCGUGGGAGAGAGACUCUUCACUUACCCUCUGAGCUGCAUCCGCCUGCAGCCCGUGCAGCGCUGUCCCCGGGGUGACCUGCAGGGGGCGCUGGGCUGCUUCCUGUCUGACAUCAGAGACAGGCUGCAGAGUGUGUGCGGCUUCCCGGCCCGUCUGACCAGUAAACCCAGUUACCGCACGGUCCAGCUGAGCUCAGCUGCUUCUCUGCAGGUGCUGAGUAGGGACCAGAUCAACCUGACCCACUCCAUCUCCACCAGGCCCAUCCUCACUCAGCUCCCAGCACCUCCUCUUUCCCAGCCUCUGAGCUCCUUCUCCUCCAGACUGGAGCCGCCUUGGAUCCCCCUCUCCCAGCAGGGCGGCGCUGAGGAGCUUCUGGGGAAAAAAUCUUGGAACACAGUGACACAAAGUAGGGAGGACUGGUCUUCAUCGUCCCACUCCUCCAACAGUCAGAACCUCUACCAGUUAGAUCAUUCCCGAUCCGGUUCCUCUUUUUAUCAACAUUUCCAGCCAGCUUCUUCCCUCCCAGUCCCUCCUCCUCACGCCCUGCCGAGUCCAGUCCCAGUGUCUCCUAAACUGGUUCCCAUCUUCAGGAACAAGGCGCCAUCUCAUCGCAUCAACGUUGCGCUGCUGCGAGCCCAGAAGCAGGAGCAGCUGAGGGGAAAGAGAGACGAUAAACCCAGAAUCACUCUUCCUGUUACUGCUGGGUCGAAAACUGCAGUCCCAGCAGCAUCUUCUUCUUUCUCUGCUGUGUCCCUCCCUCUUCCUCCUCGAAUUGUCCCUCGUUUCAACCAUCGUCCUAAAAACCUGAGUAGCAGCAUUUCUCAGCCGUCAGGUCGGCCCAAGGUCAACCAUAUCUCCAGCCUGAGUCCGAUCUCCAGAGUGAAACCAGUGGUCAUCAUCCCUUCCAAAUCUAAAACCAGGUUCAGCAAGACGCCUGAGAAGGUUGGCCCUGAACGCAACGCUGAGCCCUGGAAGACGCCGGACCGGACGGCGGGAUCUGAAAGCAUCGUUCCUAAAUCCAUCAUGAAAACCAGCAAGGAAGCGGAAACAAACCGACCUCCUCUGACGUUUGGGACCAUCUCCACCAAGGAUACCUCCAUCAGCAGAAAGAACAAGGUCGUCUUUGAGCUGAAAGAAGAAAAGCCCCAGAAACCCAAGGCUUCAGUACAAGAUGUGGAGAAAAUGGCCAGAAGCAACCAGUUGUCCAAGCUGACCUCCACGACUCUGCUGCUGUGGCUCAAACAGAGAGGAGUUCAGGUCGCUGCCAAACACAGGAAGGAGGAGCUGAUGGUGAAGGUCAUGAGCUGCCUGGCUGAAGCUUGAAGCACACACAGCUUCUCAUUGGAGGACUGAUGGGAGAUCUGCCGUCUGAUUGGACCGACUCACUCAUUCAGGCUCAGUUAUCAGCCAACCAGCAAACAGAGACCUCCUCUGUAGUUCUCAACCAUCUGGUCCAGUUCAGCCUUUUCUGUCCUCGCUGUGUUAGUUUGAAAUAUUUAGGUUUAAUAUUUUUGUUUUAGAGCUGGAGUUUCAUUUGUUCUAAGAUUUAAAGUUUGAUGGUUUUCAGCCAUAAAAACGUUUAGUUGUUAAAAGUUAGUUUUUUUUAAAGCUAAUCGUUCUUUGAAAGCUUGUUUUUCAUGUAUGUUGCUUUAAUAGAACAUAAAGGUUGCUUUUCACACCAAAACAGUUACUUUUACUUGCAGGUUUCUUUUUAAAAACACACUCUAACUAACAGGGAACUUGAAAUAAACUUACAUGGAGCUUUUUCAAAUCUGUUUAAAACUUAAAAAUGAAUGGAGCUCACAGAUUAUUCCCAUGAAACGUACAGCUUAUUUCACAGAACAUGCAGGUUAAUUUUCUGAAUAUACAAGCAGUUCUGGGUAAGUUACAGUCAGUAACCUGUAACUGCAGUAAAAGCACCUUUUAAGUUAGUGUGUAUCUUUUAAAAAAAGUAAGCUGUAAGUUCUAGAAAGCAGCGUAUAAAUUCAGGUAAAGUAAAGGUUAUAUUUGGGUAGAUUCUGUAUUUAUUGCAUGUUUAAACUGUCCUGUCCAACUUUAUGGAUCAGAACAAAUUAAAUGACUCGGACCUGUC